UUGAAAAAAUGGAGAAAAUGGUGUUGUACAAGAGCAAAAAAUGGAGUGUUGAUGAUUUGGUGAAAAUUAAGAUGACGAAAAACAACAUCAACAAUACCAAUAGAAUUUUGAUAUCCAUCAACAUCGUCGGUAGUUCGGGGCCAUUAACAAUUGUGGUUAAUGAGAAUGAUGUUGUUUGUGAUGUUAUUAACAAAGCUCUUAAAUUUUAUGCACGUCAAAAAAGAUUGCCUGCUUUGAAAUCUGAUGCAUCUGAUUAUGUUUUACAUUGCUCAAAUGAGGUCUCUAAUGCUCUAAAUCCAUCUGAACCCAUAGGAAGUUUUAGGACAAGAAAAUUUGUGUUAUCUGAGAAUCAAGAAUCAUCGACAAAGACAGAAGAAGCAGGAUCAAAGGAAAGAAAUGGUAGCUGGAAAUCAUUUAGUUUCAAAAAAUUCUGUUUCACAAUGCAAUGUGCACCUAUCGGUGGUGGUAGAGAUUAAUUUUCUUCUCAGCAUUUUACAGAAGUUAUGAAAUACACUUUAAUGUAAAUGUUGGAAUAAAGCAAAACAUGAAUAAGAAAUAAGUGAUGAAUAAUAUAUAGAUUGUUAAAUACUUUACUUUUGGUCAAUAAAAUAUUCCU